AUGGACCCAGUUCCAAACCCGCAGUAUGCAUUUUUGAACAGAACCUCUAACCUGUGGUGCCCAGUAAAAGGUGCGCCGGCUCCAUACAUUGUAUGGAGAAAAGAUGGUGACGUUGUUCAAAAUAGUACCAGCAUAACAUUUGAGCUUAAUAUAACUUCGAAAAACAACGUGAAUUACAGCUGCGAGGUAAGAAGAGAUGGAGAGGUAUUAAAAAGGAACAUCAGCCUCAGAAUUGAAGAGUGCCCAGACCCUUGUAAAUGUGACGUCUCCCACCAAACUAGCAUUAGUGUGAAUUGUAGUGGAAAAGAACUUAAUUCGAUUCCAUGGAAAUUUCCUCUUGCCAUGUCAAAAUUGGAAAUGAACAACAAUCUGUUGAAGGAAUUACCAUCAGGCAUGUUCAGUAACAAUACCAAUCUGUCCAUUCUGUUUUUAAGACGCAACAAGUUGGAAAAAUUGUCACCGGGAAUUUUUGAAAACAACAUCAAGCUGACGUAUUUGUAA